UGCACGCAACAGAAUCAAGAGUUGUUCACUAAGUUGAGAGAAAGUCAACUUUAUUGUGGUUUGCAUAGAGCUUCAUAGAGAUAUAUAUUUAUUUUUUAUUUUGCUGGGUGAUUAUCGCUGAAGGGGACCAUGGUUAUGUUGAAGAUCUCUGCUUUCCUCGUUGCGUACACCCUGGUCAUUUGCCAGAUGUACUGCUCACAAGCCGCGCCUGCCAGACCGGGUUUAGAGUCCAUGUCAGACCGAGUCACGCUCACGGACUACGAAGCGCGAAGGUUACUCAACGCCAUUGUGAAGGAGUUUGUGCAGAUGACGGCGGAGGAGCUGGAGCAGCAGGCAACUGAGGGAAACAGCAGCGUUACAGCACAGAAGCGAGGCUGCAACACGGCAACCUGCGUGACUCACCGUCUGGCGGACUUCCUCAGCCGGUCGGGGGGAAUGGGUAACAGCAACUUCGUCCCCACCAAUGUCGGCGCCAAGGCUUUCGGCAGGCGGAGGAGAAGCAUCCAGAUGUGAGCAUUCCCAUCUGGGAAAUGGGGUUGAGAACCUGACGAGAAAACAUCAGAAAUAACCUGAGAAGAUAAAUCAAGAAAAACAAAAUUGACCAGAAAAUUAACACUGAACUGGCCCUUUAUCCACUCUUUCACAUUCCUCCAGGAACAGGGAAAAAAAAAAGACCCCACGGGACAUCUCCUAAUUUUCAUCCUGUUAGUGAAGCCUUUUGCUUUUGGCAAAUAAGAAAAAAAAAAGAAAAAAAAAAGGCACUUUACUUUAUGUACAUGAACAAAUGAACUCCUGAAGAAAGAAAAAAAAGUCCUAAUCAUUCCUCUUUUUUAUAUUUCCGUAUCAUUGGAAAAUAAAAUGAAAGCAGCAGUGGUAUCACUUUAUUCUUUUCCGCUUAUCACCUCGUCAGAGCACAUUUCUUCCAUGCCAGCCCAACCCCAGACCCACUCCCCACUCCCUCACCUCCCGAUUUAAGAUACAUACUUCUACAUUGCUUAUAUUUCCCUUCCCUCCCGAGGGUAUCCUUUUUUCCUGUGUGCCAGAGGGACGCCAUUAAAGAUCAGCAUACCCAAGGCCCCCCCCACAACGGCUGUUGUCUUGUGCCUUGAUGUAGAACAAUUUACAUGAACAUGAUUGUACAGUUUCUGUUUAGAGACAAUAAAGAAGACCCGAGCGAGGAUGCAGAAAAUGAAGACCAAUUAAUAUUGUAAACAAUAUUGUGAAAACAAGUUUCAGCAAGAUUAAAAUGUAUUUUAGAUACACUCGGGUAUGGGGUACUUGUGUUGUUCUUCAAAAGUUUUUAAGCAAGUGUAGAAGGACGCUGAGUGACUGUGAAGUUGAUUAUAUAAGGAGAAGUUUAUAUUUGUAUUAUUAAUACUGAUAAAUACUGUCCACAAAUUACGAAUGAUGGAAUCUCACAGGCAGAGAGCUCUUUGUAAGUUGCUGAUUAGAAAUCUAACACUAUUUCCCACUGACGAAUGCACAAUCACGUCGUGAAAACAUGUAGCACACGUUUAUAAUUUGGCGAAGUAUUGGGGGAAAAAUGGAAUGCACAGUCAUACACACUCCUGUUGCACAGAUGAAUGUGUGAACACAUCAGUUUCAUUGGAAAUAUUUCUGAUGACACCACAGUGGCAUGGAUAUGUUACAAUACAUGUUGAUACAAGAAAAAAAAAACAGUGCAUGGGGAAUUGCUUAAUAAAAUACAGU